AUGACCACCAACUCCAGUAGUGGGGUCAUUGACCUGGAUGACUGGGACAAGCUGAUGAUAGUGGUUGCUUCCGCCCUGUUUCUGAUGUUGGUUGUUAUUUGUCUGGUGUGUGUCCUCAGUCCCGACUGUUGUCUGCACAAAGUUUGUCCCUUUAAAUACGAUGAAGAAAAGAUGCCAUUACAACCCGUAUAUGGGUCCCUUUAUGACCCAGACAGAUCCCCAGGCAAGAAAGGUUAUAGUGUCAAAGGUCAACAGGGGCCAAAUUGGCAUCCCAUGGUUCCCUUGCGAGAGUCGGAGCUUUCUGACUGGUCUGAUUUUAGCGUACCGGAUGUCAUUGAAAUGAAGACGAAUCAUAUGGAUCGGGAACGGAAGUGGUCACGAACCAGCGACUAUAGCAGCAGCAGCCUUAGCACUGGAACCUUCCCUACCCAUUUAGAAAGUAGACUCGCUUACGGUGUAACCUUCGACCGCGCCAGAGGUCAGCUGCAUAUCCGGAUCAUUCAAUUGGGCAACUUUACCGUCACAGACCCAGAUGGCGCUAUGGCGCCGUACAUCAAAGUUCGGAUCUACAGGACGCCGAAACAGUUUUUCACUUUCAAACUGAAAAGCUCACGAGAUCUGCCCAGGUGUAACCUUGAAUCCGAGCAUCAGACGAGGAUUCAACGUCGGACCGAUAACCCGCUGUUUAACGAGACGUUUAGUGUGGAUGUGGACAUCCAAGACCUCAGCUCCUACCUGAUCAAGUUCCUGGUCUGUGACUUCGACAAGUUUUCCAGGCAUAUGGUUAUAGGUGAGGUGAUGUGCGAUGUCUCAAAGCUGGAGCUUUUGUCCGGAGAAGAGGUUCUCUACAACGAUCAGCUGAUGGUGCCUCAAGAUGAGAAUCUGGGGGAGAUUCGUGUGGCCCUCAUGUACCUGCCCACCGCUGAAAAACUCAGCAUCACACUUCUCAGCGUCCGAGGCCUGCGGAUCCCGGACGGCCCCCGACGGAACACAGAGGCCUACAUCAAGAUUGUACUUAUGCACGAGGGGAGGCCACUCAAGAAAACCAAGACGGCGCCCAAAGCCUGCAGCCCCAACCCGUCGUUCAAUGAGACGUUCGUGUUCGAUGUCCCCGCUUACCAGCUGGACCGCGUCUACCUCGGGUUGUCAGUCAUCGGCAUGGACAAAGACAAGGAAGAUGGCCGCCAUCUGAUUGGACGGUUAUACAUCGGGGUCAACUUUGACGAAACUGCAAGAGCACAGUGGCUGGAGAUGAUUCAGAACGCAAGAAAACAAGUUGCCUGUUGGCACAAACUACAAAGCUGA